GCGCCUCGUAGACGCUGUGCGCGGCGGGGAGCUCAGCACGGAUGCGCACCACCUCGACCAACUCGGCGCAGCUGGUAUUGACGAGGCAAAGAAGCACAUUGAGAAUGCUGCCAAGCGCCGCAAUGCCUACAAGAAGACGCAGGAACGUUAUCAGGGCGAGUUGAACCGGCGACCGAGUUUCUCACAGAAGGUCGUGCACUGCAACGCCGAGAUACCCCUGGCGACACGAGACAAAAUCAACCACAACGCUCGGUCAAACGGGGCCAGUUCUACUACCGACCUGGGCAAGGCCGACAUCUUCGUUGUUCCAACAGUGACCAGACCGCCGGAGGUAACCAAAUUGGCAGCUCAGCUUGUCGGCGGCAUUGUCUGCGACGAUCUCUUUGCGACAACCUUGGGCAUCUCGGGUGCGUCCGUGGCCUACAAACAGCAGAACAGCAUCAACCGAGUGGUCUGGAUAUCUCCGCAGUUCCUGGAUGCCCACAUGAAUGCAACAGCCGUUUUGAUCGACAUUAUUGCAAGGCCUACGAGCAAGUGGAAACUCGUACCCCCUGAUCAGUUGGUUGAUUUCACAGCCCGCGCUGUCGGGCUACACGCCAUGAAGAAAUACACCACGGCGCUGGCUUUCGUGACGGCCCCCGAGCAGGGGAUGGCAGCGCUCAGUUCUGUGAGAUACAAGUUCACUUUGCAGGACGCAGUGGUUUUCUUCAAUGAUCUCGAUGCGUCCCGCACGUUCUCCGGG